GUGAACACCAAGCGAGUCAUCCAGUACUUCGCGAGCAUCGCUGCCGUCGGUAAGCGAGACGCCAGCAAAGGGACCCUGGAGGACCAGAUCAUCCAGGCCAACCCGGCGCUGGAGGCCUUCGGCAACGCCAAAACCUUACGAAACGACAACUCGUCUCGCUUCGGGAAGUUCAUUCGGAUCCACUUCGGCACAAGCGGGAAGCUGGCGUCCGCCGACAUCGAGACGUACCUGCUGGAGAAGUCGCGGUGCACCUUUCAGCUGAAGGCCGAAAGGAACUACCACAUCUUCUACCAGAUCCUGUCCAAUCAGAAGCCAGAGCUGCUGGACAUGCUGCUGAUCACCAACAACCCGUACGACUACUCCUACAUCUCCCAAGGAGAAGUGACCGUGGCGUCCAUCAACGACUCGGAGGAGCUCAUGGCGACCGAUAGCGCCUUCGACGUCCUCGGGUUCACCCCCGAAGAAAAGAUGGGCGUCUACAAACUGACCGGCGCCAUCAUGCACUACGGCAACAUGAAGUUCAAGCAGAAGCAGCGCGAAGAACAAGCGGAGUCCGACGGCACGGAGGCGGCGGAUAAGUCGGCGUACCUGAUGGGCCUGAACUCUGCCGAUCUGAUCAAAGGCCUGUGCCAUCCGAGAGUCAAAGUCGGCAACGAAUACGUCACCAAAGGACAGAGCGUGGACCAAGUCUACUACUCCCUUGGUGCUCUCGCGAAAUCUGUGUAUGAAAAGAUGUUCAACUGGAUGGUGGUGAGGAUCAACCAAUCCCUGGACACCAAGCAGCCGCGGCAGUACUUCAUCGGCGUACUGGACAUCGCCGGAUUCGAGAUCUUCGACUUCAACACCUUUGAGCAGCUGUGCAUCAACUACACCAACGAGAAGCUGCAGCAGUUCUUCAACCAUCACAUGUUUGUUCUGGAGCAGGAGGAGUACAAGAAGGAAGGAAUCGAUUGGGAGUUUAUCGACUUCGGGAUGGACUUGCAAGCGUGCAUUGAUCUCAUCGAGAAACCGAUGGGGAUCCUUUCGAUUCUCGAAGAGGAAUGCAUGUUCCCCAAAGCCAGCGACCAGACCUUCAAGUCCAAGCUCUACGACAACCAUCUGGGCAAGAACAAGAUGUUCGAGAAGCCCAGAGCGGCGAAGGGGAAAUCAGAGGCUCAUUUCGCCCUGGUUCACUACGCCGGAACUGUGGACUACAACAUCGGAAACUGGUUGGUGAAGAACAAAGACCCCUUGAAUGAAACCGUGGUGGGUCUUUACCAAAAGUCGUCGCUUAAGCUUCUCAGCGUGCUGUUUUCAAGCUAUUCGGCAACCGACGGCGGCGAGAAAGCCGGCGGGAAAGGAGCCAAGAAGAAAGGAUCCUCGUUCCAGACGGUGUCCGCGCUUCACAGGGAAAACCUAAACAAGCUGAUGACCAACUUGAAGACCACGCACCCCCAUUUUGUCCGCUGUCUAAUUCCCAAUGAAAAGAAGACUCCCGGCGUCAUGGAUAACUGCCUGGUGAUGCACCAGCUUCGCUGCAACGGUGUCCUGGAAGGCAUCCGGAUCUGCAGGAAGGGUUUCCCGAACCGGGUGCUCUACGGAGACUUCAAGCAGCGCUAUCGGAUCCUGAACGCCGCCGCCAUUCCUGAAGGGCAGUUCAUCGACUGCAAGAAGAGCGCGGAGAAGCUUUUGGGAUCCUUGGACAUCGACCACACUCAGUACAAGUUCGGACACACAAAGGUCUUCUUCAAAGCCGGACUGUUGGGGACUCUGGAGGAAAUGCGGGACGAGCAAUUGUCUCGAAUCAUUACGCGGAUCCAGGCUAACGCCCGGGCCAUCCUCAUGCGUGCGGAGUUUGCGAAGCUCAUCGAACGCAGAGACGCAUUGAUGGUGAUCCAGUGGAACCUGCGAUCUUUUCUGGGCGUGAAGAACUGGCCAUGGAUGAAGCUGUUCUUUAAAAUCAAGCCCUUGCUCAAGAGCGCCGAGUCGGAGAAGGAGAUGGCGAACAUGAAGGAUGAGUUCAACAAGCUGAAGGAAGCGUUGGAGAAAUCAGAAACCAGACGCAAGGACCUGGAGGAGAAGAUCGUGACGCUUCUGCAAGAGAAGAACGAUCUGGCGCUGCAGAUUCAGUCCGAGCAGGACACGCUAACGGACGCCGAGGAGCGGUGCGAACAACUCAUAAAGAGCAAGAUCCAAAUGGAGUCGAAGCUGAAGGAGAUGUCGGAAAGAUUGGAAGACGAAGAGGAACUGAACGCCGAUUUGACCGCAAAGAAGCGGAAGCUCGAAGACGAAUGCUCGGAGUUGAAGAAAGACAUCGACGAUCUGGAGCUAACGCUGGCAAAAGUGGAGAAAGAGAAGCACGCGACGGAGAAUAAAGUGAAAAAUCUAACGGAGGAAAUGGCGUCGCAGGAUGACAACAUCACGAAGCUAACGAGGGAGAAGAAGGCGCUGCAGGAGGCGCACCAGCAGACGCUGGACGACCUGCAGAGCGAGGAAGACAAAGCCAACAGUCUCGCGAAGGCCAAAGUGAAACUGGAGCAGCAGCUGGACGACCUGGAGGGCUCCCUGGACCAGGAGAAGAAGGCCCGCGUGGAUCUAGAGCGAUCCAAGCGCAGGUUUGAGGGUGAUCUCAAGCUGGCCCAGGAGAGCCUGAUGGACCUGGAGAACGACAAGCAGCAGCUGGAGGAGAGGCUGAAGAAGAAGGACCUGGAGAUCGCCAGCGUGAGUGCGAGGCUGGAGGACGAGCAGGUCGCCGGCGUGCAGCUUCAGAAGAAGCUGAAGGAAAACCAGGCCCGGAUCGAGGAGCUGGAGGAGGAGCUGGACGCUGAGCGGGCCGCCAGGGCCAAGGUGGAGAAGCAGCGCUGCGACCUGUCCCGGGAACUCGAGGACAUCAGCGAGAGGCUGGAGGAGGCCGGGGGGGCCACGUCGGCACAGGUGGAGCUGAAUAAGAAGCGAGACGCUGAGUUCCAGAAGCUGCGGCGAGAGCUGGAGGAAUCAACCCUGCAGCACGAGUCCACGGCGGCGGCGCUGAGGAAGAAGCACGCCGACAGCAUGGCGGAGCUGGGGGGGCACAUCGACAACCUGCAGCGGGUCAAACAG